UACUCCAGUCCAGGAUUUUGAGGACUACAGUUUGGAUGGGUUUGGGGGCUUUGGGAAAGCCCACACAGCGCUAGGGUGAGGAGUUAGUGGGGAGCUGUUUCUGCUCAGCUGGAGGGGAUCCCAGGCUAUAGGAGGCUGUGUUUGUUCAGAAUAUAGGGGCUGCUGCAGCUGUCUGUGCCCAGAGGGAGGAGAUAGGGAAUAGAACAAUCCCAUAGACAAACAUGCAGGCUCGUCGCCUAAGCAAAAGGUCCGUCCUGGGCAGUAAGGUGAACACUUCUGAGGAUGCCCAGGAUUGGGGUAUGAAAGGGGCAAGAAAAAGAGUGGGAAUGGGGGCAGUUAUCCAGGCGGGGGCUGAGAAGCAGAGAGUGAAUGAUAAAGAAGAAGUGGCUGUGGAGCAGCAGCGAGCCACGUGCGAUGGAGAACAAUCUGUGCCCUGCUCCUUAAAGGGAACAAGCACAAACACUAAGUCUGGAGCAUCCACAAAUCAGUACAUGGAAAAAAGACGUAUUGGACACACCACAUCGGAAAAAUCAACUUACCAAGCAAACGAAUGGAAGGAAGCAGAAUUUGUGAAACAUAAUCCAGGUGUCAAAGUGUUUGAAUGUGAUCAGAACAUGAAUGGUGAAUACACAAGAAUUCUUGAGCAGAAAUGCAAAGUGGUUUCAUCCAGUAUUGAUGUCCCUCGUGCAAGAAUAUUUGAAGGUGAAGCAGAUAUGGACAAAGUGACAGCUGCAAUGGUACUGACCAGUUUGUCUACAAGUCCAUUGGUUCGAUGCCCUCCUAUGCGACUUACUGAUAUGAAUGGGUCUUGGAAAGAAUUGGGGUUUGUUCCAUCCAGCACAAGCAGUAGCGAUUGCUGGAGUUGGAAUACACCCAGUGACUGCUCUAAUCCUUCAACUCCACCCCCACCAUUAUCUGCUGACAGCUUUAAGUAUUUCCAGCCCCUGAAUCAUACAGAUGAUACCACUGAAGGUGUAGAGCCAAGCAGCCUUCUUUUUGAUGAACCCGUCCCUAGGAAAAGAAAGAAUUCCAUGAAGGUGAUGUUCAAAUGUCUCUGGAAGACAUGUGAGAAAGUUCUGAGCACAUCAGCUGGAAUAAAGAAGCAUAUCAGAACCAUUCAUCUGGGACAUAAUGGAGAAUCGGAUAAGAAUGAAGGAGAAGAGGACUUCUAUUAUACAGAAAUAAGACUGAACACAGAUUCUGUCAGUGAAGGAUUAAAACACCUCUCACCAUUUUCUCAGUCACUGCAAUCACCUACGUCUAAAAAAGGAAAACGCAAACCUCUGUUUGCCAAGACGGAGAGAUCUAAUUCUUCACUUAGCCACUCAGCUCCCAUUACCUCCUCUUUUAUAAACCCUGAUCAUGCAUACCAGUCCACUACUCCUGUAAAAAUACCUGGCCCAAAAAAGAUUCUUCCAAACGGCAAUAGCAUUGGAAUGUCUUGGAUUCUGUCUCCUGUUACUUUUGCUGGAACUUCGGUUUCCAUGUCAAGCUACACCGAAAUUAGGGAUUCUAAACUGCCAGUCCAGACAUUGUUGUCUUCUCCCCCAAAAACAGGAAUCGGAGUGAGAAAGCCUCGUGGGGAAGGUAAGAAAUGCCGCAAGGUUUAUGGCAUGGAGAACAGGGAUAAGUGGUGUACAGCCUGUCGCUGGAAGAAAGCCUGCCAGAGAUUUCCUGACUAGGAGAACUAAAGCACAGUUAAGUUAAUCACGGACUAAAAUUGCGAGAUGCUUUAGGCCCACUGGUCUUUCUUACAAGGUAGAAGUAUGAGCUUUUUGGGGCCCAAAAUAACAUGCCUAACUCGAUGUCUGAGAGAUUGAACGAUACUGGGUGAACGUCUUCUGGGAGUCUGAGUCAUAGUGGUUAGUACUUGUAUAACUCUUUGGCUAGAACAAGUUAUUCCCUACUGGGCAGCUUUUAGUGUUGCUUGUUGGCUAUGAGUAAGGCAUAGUCACUAUCUGGGAGAAUAACUGUCUUUCCUAAUGCCUUGGAGAAUGAGUCAUACUUCGUAAUAUACUACAGUUUACUUGGAUGGGUGGGUGAGCCAUAUCCACUAUUUCGACUUCAUUGUCUUCAGGCUCCUAUUUCACUCACUGGCUGGGAGAGUGUUCCAUACUGAGCAGCUGUCUUAAUUACAAGGUGUGAUAUUAAGCCAUAAUGGCCAGUUAUAUGUCUUAAGGUCCCCAUACAUGGAUAGAUCCGCUCG